UCUUUAUUACCAAUUCAAGAUAAAAUUGUCAAAAUAAAAUAAGACCAAUAGCGUACAGGAUAAUGCAACAUUAUUAUAUUGUAUUCCUCAAUAAAGUUUAAUAUUAAAUAAAUCUAGGUUAGGCUGCUCAUUUUAGUAGUGAGGUAAGAAUAUCACUAAGGUCAUAUCCGGAGCGAAGUUAAUGUCAACAACAUCACGGCAUGUGAGUUUAUUACCAACUUACCAAGUCAUUAUCUUGAAGUUUAAAAGUGAGUAAGUAGUGGUAGUCUACAAACAGAUUCUACUAGUUUUCAAAAAGCUACGGGUAGAUAUUUUACAGUAACAGCUAACUUGAAAUUGAGUUCACAUCCUGGACUCAAGAUUCUGGCAACCAGGCAAAAGGUUCGCAUGGAAGGUUGAAGAUGAAUGAUGCCUAAACUUUCUUAUUGUGAUGUGGCAACACCUGGUCCAAAACUUCAUGCCCGACUGGCUCAUGAUAAAAUUUUAGGUUAAGAAAAAGAUGUUUGCCCGUUUGCUCUUUUACCCAACUCUGGCUGUGAACUGUUGUAUGUCUAAAUUUACAUCAAGAAACUGGUAUGAUCCCAUUGAUGAAACAGUUAUACUGGGUGCUCUGCCCUUGAAAUCUAUCACACUAAAGUUGAUUAAGGAAGAAAAGAUCCAAGCAAUGAUAUCUAUGAAUGAGGAUUAUGAAAUGAGAUAUCUUACCUAUACAACAAAGGAGUUGAAAGCCUUGGGCGUGGAACAUCUUAAGCUGAGAACAGUUGACCUGACGGGGACCCCGACCCAGGAAAAUUUGCAUCUUGCUGUGAAGUUUCUGCUGUCACACAGGCAGGCAGGUCGCAGGGUUUACUUACACUGUAAGGCUGGCAGGACACGCAGUACCACAGUGGCAGUGUGUUACCUAAUGCAGUUGCACAAGUGGAGUCCAGAAAAAGCAACAAAUUUUGUCAAAUCAAAACGACCCCAAACAUGGCUGAGAGGCAAACAGCAUGAAUCAAUACAAUGUUUUUAUGAUAGUUUAAAAUUUUCCUGAUACCAAAUAGUUAUUUAAAAUUUUAGGGUUAUAAAAUUAUCUUCUCAAAAGUAUGAGAAGUAAUGGAGAUAAGAACUGUGAAGGACAAGUCAAAUGUUUAUUUUUUACAUUCACCACACAAUUUUUUUUUUGUUUAACUGAAAAAUGUGUUGGUUUCUGCAUAUAGUAACAGCACAUAAGGAAUUGUAUUCGCUUAAUGAAGUGAGAUAAUGUGCUUCGAAUAGUAGUAAGAGCAUGGCUUUUGAUAUUUAUAAAGUAAAGGAAGCAACUCAAAAAUUAUUAUCACUACUGAUAAAGUAUUCCAAGAGUAAAGUCCCCUAUUCACGAGAAUCUUGUUGAACCAUCUUUACCUUGGCAUUACUACAAGUAAUUCUAGAAAAAACAGUUUUAUCACCAUCUAAAGAGACUUUUAUUGAUUUUUUUUUAGUUUUUAAUGCCAUUUUUAUGUUACAUUUAAAUUUAUUUUUAAUAAUUCUAGUAUACAAUGUCAAAUGAAAGCCUUUCCAGCUCAUCUACAACAUAACACUGAACAAAUGUGCAGCAGUCAGCGUUAUAAUCAUAUACGAACCUGAAACACCAAACAGACAGCUGUUUAAUUAUAUAUAGUAGGUUAAUUGAUUGUUUAAUAAAAGAGCGUUUAAAGUGGAUAUAAUAUUAUGCCUAUAAAGCGAUGGUUUAAUUGUUGUUUAAUAUAAGAAGUAUGUUUGAAGUAUAUGGAAAUUCUAUGCAAACCAUAUCCUAAAACUAAAUACAGUAUUUUUACCUGUUAAAAUCUUGACAUUAUUUGUUGAUGCAUCUGUUAAAUAAUUGUUCUCUGUGUGAUAGAGAUUGCAUGUCACUCAAUCCACUUCAAAUAUAAAUAAACUAAUAUGUA